AUGAGAGUCAGUUUAAGUGUUGUCCUGUUUACAACGCUCCUGUUGGGCCAUUUCGCCCAUUCUCAACAUGUCGGUCGUGAGGAACGGAUGGCAUCGGGAACGGACGUCGGACCGGGAGAGGCACCAUAUCAAGCUUCCGUUCGAUUAAUCGAAGCGGAUCGUCAUCUUGGAAGUGGUGCCAUCCUGAACGUACGUUUCGUGAUCUCGCAGGCAUCGUUCAUCUAUAAGCUGAUGCGUCAGAUGCCAAAUCGAACGCUCUACAGCUUGGCCCGCAUACGUGUCGGUCAGUCGGAACUGAAGUCUCAGGCCAACGAUCAGUUCCGACUAAUCCAAUCGUGCAUCUUCCAUCCCGAGUUUGAUUUCGAGCUGGCCCAAAACGACGUGGCUCUGUUGAAAACGGACUCGCCAAUCGAAUUAAACCCGCUCGUCCAACCAAUUGCGCUCUACCGGGGUCCCAUUGCGGACGGUAGUGUCGUUCAGUACACGGACUGGGGAGCGGACAUGGUUACAGCGACACAGGACGAUUUUAAAGAAAGACUUCAAAAAAUGGACGCCCAAGCCAUCUCGAAUGAACGGUGUAAGGAACUGCUGAGUGCCUGGGACUUGCAGGACUUUGUGUACGAUUCGAGAGUUUGCAUCUACACCGACGGAGUUGGAAGUGUUUGCACGGGCAACGUCGGAGGACCGUUGGUGAUAGUUGCAGAUGGAACGCCGCAGCUCGUCGGAGUGAUGACGUACGUGUACCGGGCAUGUAAUUCCACCGUGCCGGCUGGCUUCGAGCGUAUGUGGAAUCACAACGGAUGGAUUACCACGUCGUCAAAGAUCAAUUAUAAGUACACCGACUUGGAACAAACGUGCCGGGUCGUGCGCAACGUAGCCUCCCAGCUGCAGACCAAAAAGAAAGCACUGCGGCUUAAGCGAGCAGCAAAAGGAAUCAAUUAA